AUGGGAAUCAAGGGUUUGACGAAGCUGCUGGCGGAACACGCGCCGAGGGCCGCGGUGAAGCGGCGCGUGGAGGACUACCGGGGCCGCGUCAUCGCCAUCGACGCCAGCCUCAGCAUCUACCAGUUCCUGGUUGUGGUGGGAAGGAAAGGAACAGAAGUUCUGACUAAUGAGGCCGGUGAAGUCACAAGUCAUCUGCAAGGCAUGUUGAACCGGACUGUAAGAUUGCUUGAAGCAGGAAUAAAACCUGUGUUUGUGUUUGAUGGUGAGCCACCUGACCUGAAGAAAAAGGAACUAGCUAAGAGGUCUUUGAAGAGGGAUGAUGCUUCGAAAGAUCUUCAUAGUGCUAUUGAGGUUGGAGAUGAAGAUUCAGUUGAAAAAUUUAGCAAAAGGACUGUGAAGAUCACAAAAGAACACAACGAUGGCUGUAAGAGGCUGUUAAGAUUGAUGGGUGUCCCUAUAGUUGAGGCACCAGGUGAGGCAGAAGCACAGUGCGCAUCACUUUGUAAGAACCAUAAGGCAUAUGCUGUCGCUUCAGAGGAUAUGGACACACUGACUUUCGGUGCUCCAAGGUUUCUUCGCCAUGUAACUGACCUUAGUUUUAAGAAAUCUCCUGUAACAGAGUUUGAAGUGCCAAAGGUUUUGGAGGAACUUGGACUCACAAUGGAUCAGUUCAUCGACUUAUGUAUCCUUAGUGGAUGUGACUACUGCGAGAAUAUUAAAGGUAUUGGGGGACAAAGAGCCUUGAAACUCAUACGUCAGCAUGGUUGCAUAGAAGAAGUUGUGCAAAAUCUUCACAAGAGGUACACUGUUCCAGAAGAUUGGCCUUACCAGGAAGUUCGAACCUUGUUUAAGCAACCUAAUGUUUGUACAGAAAUUCCAGAUUUCCAGUGGGCCUCAGUAGACAAAGAGGGCCUUUUGGAUUUCCUGGCAUUUGAAAACAGUUUCAGUUCUGAUCGAGUGGAAAAGGCAGUAGAAAAGAUAAAGGCUGCUAACGAUAAAUAUUCCCCAGCAGGGCGAGCGAAGCUUUUGACACCAGUAGCUAACCUAUCAGGAUCUACAGAGAAGGAAUCCAAGUGCGUUUUAGGUGCUUCAGGACAAGGUCUGAGGAGCAGGACUGCUGUACAAGUAUGCAGUAGCUCAAGCUCUGGUUUCAGAUAUGGUAGUUCUAGUUCAAAGCCAUUGGUGCUGGGAAGGCAAUCAGGAGUUCAUGUGAAGCCUCCCACCUUUUCCUUCAUCUAA